GUGAUGACAUAAAUAUAUGUAUAUUACAGAGACAUCGCCCCAAAAACUCUCGUAUAGCACCAGCUACCACAUUGGACGUAGUUCUUAUGGUCAAGCACAGGACAUUAUCUUUUGACUUUCGUUCAUCACUCGGUUAUUCUUGUUGUCUGUUCUUUGUUAUUAUAAAUUCUAGAGGCAGCGUAACUUCAGAUAAUAAAGUGUUUUAUUCGGCAAGGUCAGCUAGUUCAUGGAGAGUUGAGGGAGUAGAGCUCACAUUGAGAGUUGGGUGA